AUGGAUUCGUUUAUUUUUGAUUUUAAUACUGAUUCUACUUUAACAAAUGAUACAAAUAGUACACAUAGUGAUUUGGAUUGGACAGCAUUUCAAUCAGCACCACCACCAACAACAAAUAGUCCACUUUCACCAAUAUGGUUAUCACAACAAGAUGAUGCUGUUGCACCAAGUAAUCGAUCGUCUAUAGUAACAACACCACAUGAUGAUGAAAUUUAUUUUGAAAUUGAACAUUUUUUUAAUGGUUUAAAUCAACAACAACAACAACAGUAUCAUUAUUAUCAUCAACAACAACAGGCACAUUCACAACCCAUACAACAGCAGCAAGGACAUUCACAACCUAUACAACAACAACAGCAAGUACAUUCUCAACCUAUACAACAACAACAAUAUGGAAUCAUAGAACCAGUACAUAUUAAUAUUAAUAUUCCGGAUAAAACAAUGAAUGAUAGAGAUCAUAUUGAACCACCUUCUCGAGCACAUUUAUCAUUAGUUAUUAAUGAACGACCUAUGUCUUGUUUACCAACACCACUUGUAUCGCGUUCUUCUUCAUCACGUUCGCAAUGUUAUCAUAAAUUACCUGAUCAUGCGGUUAAAUUAAUGCAAGAAUGGUAUAAUGCCAACUUAGAUGAUCCUUAUCCACGUUCACCAGAUAAAAAACGUUUUAUAACAGAAGGAAAUAUAACAGCACAACAAUGUCGUUCAUGGUUUGCUAAUCGUCGUCAACGACUUAAACAUGUUAAAAAAAAUCAAUCAAAAUCAGUAUCAUCACGUAUACAUCAUUCAAUACAGGCGAAAUUAUCUCAGAUACCACCAGUAGAAGCCCAAGCUAUCACUCAUGAACAUUGCUAUUAUUGUCAACAACAACAACUACAACAGCAACUACAACAACAACAGCAACAACAACAACAACUAUCACAGCAACAACAACAAAUAGCUUUAUCACCAUCAUCUAUGCCAUUAACAAUGCCAUCAACACCAACAACUACAACAACAACAACAACAUUAAAUGUUGUUAUUAAUCAACAAACAGUGGAACAAUUGAUUCAUAAUAGUCUUCGUAAAUUACUCUAUCCAGCUCUUAUGUGA